AUUUUCUCCAACAAACUCAUUUUUUAUAUUAUUUCUAUCAUCUACUAUGAUUUUUGCAGAUUCUGAAAGUGAUUUGGAUAAUAUAAUUAAUAGUGAGGAUGAAGAUUUUAUAUAUGAUAGUGAUCAUGAUACACAAUCUGAAUUAGAUGAAGAAGAAGAUAUAUUAGCUGAAACAGAUAAUAAGCUUAAGUAUUAUUUAGCUAAAAAUAAGAUUACUCAAUGGAAAAAGGAUUUACCCAAUCAGAGAAUAAGAACUCGUCAGCAAAAUAUAGUUAUUGAUCAGCCAGGAGUAAAAGAAUAUGGGAAAUUAGCUGACACUCCAGAAAAAUGUUUUGACUUGUUCAUAACACCAAAAAUGAUUGAAGAGAUAAUUUAUCAUACCAACCAAAAAAUUAAAAUUGUAAGUCAAAAUUAUAAUCAAUGUGAAGGUUCUACAAAAGAAGUUUAUAUAACUGAAUUCAAAGCAUUAUUGGGAAUUCUUUAUUUAGCUGGAAUUUUUAAAUCUAAUCAUCAAAAUAUGUCUGAUUUAUGGAAAUCUGAUGGGUUUGGAAUUGAUAUAUUUAGAGUAACAAUGCCUCUUAAAAGAUUCAGAUUUCUAAUUCAUGCAAUGAGAUUUGAUGACAUACUAACAAGUGAAGAGAGAAAGGUGGUAGACAAAGCAACACACAUUAGAAAUAUUUUUCAAGAUUUUGUUGAUAUGCCACAAAUCUUAUACAAUAUCAGAAUAUGUAACCCUAGAUGAAAUGCUUCCAGCAUUUCGUGGUAAAUGCCCAUUUAGACAAUACAUGCCAAACAAACCAUCCAAAUAUGGCAUAAAACUAUACUCCUUGGUGGAUGCCAAAACAUAUUAUACUCUAAAUCUUGAAAUAUAUACUGGAAAUCAACCAGAGGGACAAUAUCAAAUAAGUAAUAAACCAGCAGAUGUAGUCAAUAGAUUAAUUCUUCCAAUAUCUGGUUCAGGUCGCAAUGUAACCAUGGAUAAUUGGUUUACAAGUUAUGAUACUGCAUUAAGCUUACUAAAUACACACAAAUUAACAUUAGUGGGCACAUUAAGGAAGAAUAAACCACAAAUUCCUAAUGAUUUUAUAUUAACAAAGGGGAGGGAAAUCUAUAAUAGUAUAUUUGGAUUUCAGGAAAACAUAAUAUUAUUAUCAUAUGUUCCAAAAAAAAGAAAUAAUGUCAUAAUGCUAUCAACAUUCCAUCAUAAUAAAAAUAUUGAUAAUAAUAACCAACAAAAACCUGAAAUCAUAACUUUUUAUAAUAUGACUAAAGGUGGUGUAGACAUGGUUGACCAAAUUACAGAAAAUUAUUCAAUUUCAAGAAGGUCAUAUAGAUGGCCCUUAACCAUUUUUUAUACACUUUUAAACAUAACAACCAUAAAUUCCCAUAUUAUAUAUACUGCAAACACAAACAAAACAAUUACUAGAAGUAGUUUUAUUAAAAAAUUAUCUAUGGAACUUAUUACUCCCCAUUUGGAAAUAAGAAAAAAUUGCCUCAGAUUGCCGCGAAUUCUAAAAGAAUCUAUUUACAAUAUAUUAGGCAAACAACAAAGUGAGAAUAUUAAGCCUUCAAUAGGAAGGUGUGGUGUGUGUCCUAGAAAAGGAUAAAAAAAACUAAAUAUUUUUGUCAAAUAUGCAAAAUAAAUUUAUGUUUAGAACACAUUAAUAUUUUAUGUAACAAAUGUUUUGAUUGUCAAAUUUAACAUAUUUCAAUGUUCAAUAUUUUUUUUAUAUUUGAAUUUA